CCACAAGAAGGAAAAUACAAAGAGGAGCUCCUCGUCGGAGAAUUUAGCUGACAUGGAUGGUCAAUAUUCUUGUCGUGCUGUGAGGGAGCAGCUCACUCCCAGCAUCAGGCGGACAGCUAAGGCCACCUCUCGAAUUGUACUUUUCAAACUCGCAGUCCUGAAGCGUGCAAAGCCUCCUCAAGAUGAACAAGAAAGUGAAGAUUUGAGAAAUGGAGACGCGUUUGAUUGCUACGUGUCCCUCAUAAUCGAAGAGGCGGUGAUGGCGGCGGCCUCGGAGAUCUUGUUGUCCGAAUUUGACGACUUUGUAAACAAAAUAUUUGCAGAUUGCAAUUCUACGUUAUCCCGAUACGAAAAGGAAAUCGCCAGCUUGAGACAACAAUUGGAAGCCUACCGCGGUGAAAUAGGGCCGAUGGGGGAAUACCAAAACUGCAACGACGAGACCCUCGCUCGCUCUCCCGUGAGCAGUGGCAGCGAUCCUCUGUUUAAUCCGAGGGACGAAGUCGACGAAACCGGAGAGGAGAACUGGCUGCCCGGGAACUAUAAACAGGAGCAAGUAAUGGACGACUCCUCCGAAAUGAACGCCAGUUUGAGGUUAAUCCAUCAUCCAUACAGAUCGGCUUCCGCGAAUUCAUUUCCUGGGCCCGGAGAAACAAAAAUGGGCGCCAGGAGGCGGAGGAUUAGAGAUCGGGGGCCACCCGAAGCCUCCUUCCAUGCUGCAGAGGGAAUGUCUCAUUUUGACCGCAACAAUUCGAAUGAACAGAGAGAAGCGGGCGUAGCUUUUUUAAAAAACGAGGAUGGAGUGCCUCUGCAGACUUCUGGUCAGUUCAAGAAGGAAGAAGACUUCGAUGGCGUUUCAGAUGACGGUGCAGAGCAGGGGUACAUUAGCAGUAAAGAGGAAGAGGAGUUAAUUGACAUUGAUGGUAAAGUUUCUGAAACCAAGUUUUCUUCUACCAUUAAAAGACAACCCCACAGCAGCGAUGAUAUGGUAUACAAUAUGGGGGACAUGCAUUGCAGUCCGUCUUCCCCACUGCAGGAAGGUGUAGCUGAAAAUGAGCUUGCCGAAGAAGAGAAGGCCAGGCAUAUUGCCGAGAAAAUAAUUGCGGAAGCAGAGCUGCAGUACCCUCAGACGAUUCUCAAAGGAAAGAAAACAAACCAAUGUAAUGUAUGUGGAAAAGCUUUCAACCAGAUUGCACACCUUAAAAGACACCAGAGAUUCCAUACGGGAGACAAACCAUUCCAGUGUCCCGAAUGCAGAAAAACUUUCAGCCUUGCAGAAAACCUCAAGCGACAUCAGAGAAUUCACACGGGAGAAAAACCUUACGAAUGCAUUGAGUGCGGCAAAACAUUUGGUCGAACUGAAACUCUUAAGCAGCACUGGAGGAUUCACACAGGAGAAAAACCAUACCAGUGUGCGGAGUGCAGAAAGAGUUUCAGCCAGGCUACGCAACUAAAGCAACACAUGAGAAAUCACACAGGAGAGAAGCGCUUCCCGUGUGAUGAAUGUGGGAAGGUUUUCAACCAGGCUGGCCAUCUGAGGCAGCACCAGAGAAUUCACGUAACUGAGAAGCUGUACCGAUGCACGGAAUGUGGAAAGUUUUUCAAUCAGGCCGCUCAGCUAAAGCAACACGAGAAAGUUCACGCAGGGGAGAAACUCUACCGAUGUACUGAAUGCGGAAAAGUUUUCAGGCAGGCUGCAGACCUUAAGCAGCACCAAAGAAGUCACAGCCGGCAAAAGAGAUUCACUCCCAUCAUUGCAGUAAGCCAAUAAAAAGACCCAAAAGGGGACGUCAGCCCUUGGAGAGACCAUACUGAUGUUCUGAAUCUAGAAAAACUUGUAGGCGGAUUAAAAUCCUUACCUGACUCCAUAGAAUUUCAAAAGGUAGUAAUAAGUAGAGCACCGUACAGUUACGAUCGCCGCUCUGUACAAUGCAGGUUUCGUUUACGUGAGUAGGAUACCUUGAUCACAUCUGCUGUAGAUAGUGAGACAACUUUUCUUGCCUCCUUUUUUUUCCCCCCCACCAACUCCUUAGCUCACCUUACAGUAGAACUUGAGACGCUCAUCACAGAUUUAAAUGAUAGUUUAUUUUAUAUUUUUUUUUCAUUUCCGACUUGAUGAAAGAGAUGCUCCAGUUUAAGUCACAAGUUUGUAUCUGCAUUUCAAUAAGCAAAAAAAAAAAAAAGCUAAGGAAGCAUGAGGACCUGACGACCUGUUAACUGGAAGAAACGUUCAGUUGUAACCAAAAGGCAACAAAGCAAUUACAGGCGGGCCAAGCUAUUCGCAAUUUUUUUUUUUUUUCUUUUGCUACGAAAAAAAAAGCAUUGGAUAAACUGUAAAUGUAUGCAAAAGGUGGCGUUGAAAUAUGAGAGGCGUUAAACUACAGCCAAGUUGUCCAAAAAGAAAGUUUUCUGUUUAGUUUGAGAGAAAGGAAGAAUAACUGGGAGACUGCCAGUUGGGUGGAAAUCAAAAGACAGAAAAGCCAGACUGUUCAUAUAACAUGAAAUUGAAAUUGGCACUUUUGUUUACUUUUAUAACCGACAAGAAUUUAAAUUACAUGCUUCAUAUUUUGUGUUAGUAUAGACUAGCUGAUGGGUUUUAUUGAAUGGUAACCUUUUAAGAACUACAGGAGCCCUUUGAGAGUCGGAGGCUAAAUAGGUGUGGGGAAACAGCUUUGUAAAAGUCAACCCCCUUCUGGGGGACGAAAAAAGAUUUCAGAAACUGAGUUUAAGCAUUUUGCCCUUGUCCACAUCUAAGGAUAUCCUUUCAAUGUGUGAACAUGGCAGAAAGCUUCUCUGUAUUACUUCACGUACUUACACCUUGUUUCAUCUGCAUACUGUUUAACGAAUGCGGUCAUUGCUCAUAUAAUACUUCUGCAAAUGCUGCAUCUUUCAUAAAUAUGUCAGUUUGGUUUAAACGUGUUGCAAUUCAGUUAAGACAAAGCCAAUGUUUCAGAUUGGAAUGAGUUCACACAACUUCUAGUCGUCCAGAGAUGUCAAACUUGACUACUGUCAUUCCUGAUCUUGUUGUCCAAGUUUGUCUAUUUACAUGACUAGAAAUCACGGGAUGUCAAAUUACAUGACUUUGUAAUGAUUUACCAGCAUAAUUUCACAUUUCUGAAGUACUCCAUGCUUGCCCUUUUUUUCGUACUACCAAUAACAUACUGCCCGAUGGAGCUGUUGCCCAUGCAAAGGGUUUACAGGUCUGGCAAGUUCUUCUGCCAUCUCUACCCCCACCAUUAUGUCAUGGCAUGUAAAACAUAAAACCUCAGACAUAUUUCUGAUAACUGCAUUGUACUUGAUGGUGAGCGUUCAUUGGUUGUCAGCUCUCAAAGGGUGAGUGUUCAUUGGUUGUCAGCUCUUAUGCACACAUGAUAGUGAGCGUUCAUUGGUUGUCGGCUCUCAUGCAUACGGUGAGCGUUCAUUGAUUGUUGACUAUCAAAGGGUGAGCGUGCAUUGGUUGUCAGCUCUCAAAGGGUGAGUGUUCAUUGGUUGUCAGCUCUUAUGCACACUUGAUAGUGAGCGUUCAUUGGUUGUCGGCUCUCAUGCAUAGGGUGAGCGUUCAUUGGUUGUCAUCUCUCAAAGGGUGAGCGUUCAUUGGUUGUCAUCUCUCAAAGGGUGAGCGUUCAUUGGUUGUCGGCUCUCAUGCACACUUGAUGGUGAGCGCUCAUUGGUUGUCGGCUCUCAUGCAAACUUAAUGGUGAGCGUUCAACACUCGUGCACACAGACCCCCUUCUUGAUGACUUAAGGCAAAAUCAAACCUGUUUUUAUUUUGUUAGGGUGAGUUGCAUACUAGCUGGCUUGAGGCGCUGCGUAUGUCGCUUUACGUGUUUGGCGGCUGCAGGAGUGUGCCGCAACUGCUCCCGACUUGCAGAGAUUUUAUAGAUGAAAUCUAAGACUGAAAAUUUCUGGACAAGUCCCGUAAAGUGACAUGGCCUUGAAUAAAUGCGGGAAGAAUUAAUAUUCAAUUUAAAAUAUGGGUUGCUUGUCAAAAAUGCAAUCUGAAGGAUCCAACAUGUAUCGGGUGGUUUCGCUAGGUGAAUCCCCACUGAACAUUUUGCUGAGAAAAAAAGGAGCACUGAAUGACAAGCAUACAGUCGGCACUAUUCAGAAACCGUUAAAUGCCUGCCAGUGGCCGCAAAGGCACACAUCGAAAAGCACAUUAUGUCCAGGUGAUUUUUGUAUUUAAAAAUGUACAGUGCAUUGUAUGGUUCUAGUGUCAUUUUGACAAUUCAUAAUCCAUUACUUGUCAUAAGAGACUUGAGUUUUAUAUUUCGUUUUUCUUCUUCAUCCUCAAACGUGCGUCAUCUAUAGUGUUACUAUCUUGACAGUAUUGGGCAGUAGGCAGGACAUACACACGCAACUAAUUGAGAGUUUCAAUUAAUUAAACCCACGUCCUCGGAAAUAGGAGGGAAAAACCUGGCAGACUAAGGAGCGAUGAGCAGAGCCAAGGAAUGGGAGUCGUGUUCGAAACCACUAUGUCGGAUCUGUGAGGCAACAGCACUUGCCACCAUGCUUGAUUUUAUAGAUACACAGAGUACUUUAUUUGUCCCAAUAGGGAAGUUUAGUUUUGUAGAGAAUCUCAAGAUUAAUAUUAUAACACCAACAACCGCCCUCAAACUCAGUCAAGAAUCGCAGAGAAGAAAACUUUUGACUUGUCUUUAAAUCGGAGAGCAGUCACGGUGAGGCAUUAUAAAAGCAUUUAGCAACAGGUAUGAGGUGCUCAAGUAGCAUUUCUUGAAACACUUCUGCUGAAAAAUUUGUUAAUAUGGGGUCCUAAAUUUAUGUCCUGUAUUGUCUAAGCGGGUGGUAUGUUGCUGCAACCUGCUUUUUGAGACAACGUCACAAUUCCUGCUAUCGGUUUACCUUUGGCUAUGGAUUGGUGGCAUCACCACUUUUAAGGCUACGUCCACACUAAAACACAGACGGUAGUUUCCAUUUUCACCUUUCGUCGGCACUACCCCAGCGUUUGCAAACCCAAUAACGGGGUUUUGAAAACACUCCCCAUAGCUGUGUUCUUCUGAAAACGAAGCCUCGUUGUUAACUCACCACAGACUCUAACCGCACUCUUGAUUUGCAUAGCCCUUCCCUGAUUGGAUUAUGCUUGUUACGUUUCUUUCCCUGGUUGGUCACCCUUCACCGAAGAGAACCCUAUCCCAACAUAGUGGACCUGGAAGAGCUGCUCUCCAUGGCGCUUGGUGUGUUGCUUACCGGUAUGCAUUUACGUUAUGUUUUAUACAGUUUGAAUGUGCAUAUGUUUGCAAAAGGCAAAUAAUUUAUGGGUUUUGCCAUACAUCUUGCGACUGGUGGCAUUAGAUAGAUAGAUAUACUUUAUUAAUCCCAAGGGGAAAUUCACAUAAUCCAGCACUAUCCCUUCAAGGAUUUUUCCACCGAUGUGCCCAGUGUAGGCAAACAUCUACGUCAUGUGAAUUUUCAUUCGUUCGUGUGUGUACGGAGAUAACUUUCGUAAACAAUGUUGAAUUGCUACCAUCGACGGAGAUCGUGUUGGUUUAGCAGUGUGGACUUUUGCUGUGUUCCAUUUACCUCGGAAGUCAGAUGUCCGAGCUGAGAUUCGGAACACAAAUAUGGGCGCGUCCAGGAAAACCUUAUACUCCAAUUGGAAUAAAUAGCCGUUUAUAAUGCGGAAGCGUAAAAUUACGCCAUGGAAUCUCAGUUUGAAAGAAGGCCCUAUGAGUCAAAGGAUAGGCAAACAGAGUAAUUAGUUUAUUUGCAAUAAACAAUCGCAUGGACUCAACCCAGUUAAGUCAAACUGAGCUGAGCCCCGAACAAGCCAAAAGUUACAGUUCAUAUAAUCAUUUCUUAUCAUCAUGACCUCGUUCAGGACAGCUCAUUCACUGCUUAUUUUAUUCUUGGCCCUUUCAAGUUUUCUUAUGGGAACCACCAAUAUACUCUGAGGUUUGAGAUUGACCUCCACCUCUUGCUUCGCUUAUUUUCUGGCCAGCUUUUAAUUUGAGGGUGCCCCCUGAUCUCGGGCUGUCCCUAUCUAUCCUUCUGUUAUAUCCGUUGAUAAGAUAUUGUUAGUUUCAGCCAAGUUUUAAUUAAAAAAAGAAAUACUGCCUGUGCCUUUAUUUACCUAUUUGCUUGGCAUACCUAAUUUGUGUCAUUGCUUACACCCGUGGUUCUCAACCUGUGGGGGGGCGCGAAGAUGUGGG